UUCCUUGCCUGCAUCCCUGUCUCCACUCCUUUCUGCUCUGCGGUUGCCCUGUGCGCGUGUGAGGGAGAGCACAUGUUUAUGUGUGUCAGAAAGGGGCGAGAGUGUGUCCGUGCGCCUCGCAGAGACAGUUGCGUCUAAAGAGACGGUGCUUUUGUAUCUCUCCAUCAUCUCGGCCGCAGCAACACCAGCCCGUCUACCUGGACCAGUCGGCAGCCUGAAGCUUGGCUGACGGGGGAGGGGGCGACAUCUCUUUUUGUGCGCGCGUGUGUGCGUGUGUACAUGCGUGUGGGCGGGUGAAAGGGUGAGGGGCGGAGAGAUGAAAGGGCCAGGUGAGGAGAGGAGUCGGGUACCUCUUUCUCUCUCGCUCGCUUUCUCUUCCUCUCUCCCCCUCAUUUUAUGCCUCUCUCACUGCCGUGCGACACUAACCCUGGAAACUGAAGAGGAGAUCUUCCCUGCUGGACCUUUUUACUACUGCAAGCUCCCGUAGCCUCAGUUUCACCAUGGAGCUUAUGGACUCCAGCACGAGGAAGUUCCAGGGACUUUAUCGCUGAAUCCUCGAGAUGCAACUAGAUGUUACCCUAACAUGCCCCAGCUUCAGAGAACAGCUCAUAGAACCAUGCCGUAACACCGCCAGAACUCCACCAUCGAGCGGUGUUGCUGGAUCCCCAACUUCAUCAGGGGAGGAUGGGUGUUAGACCCGUGAGAAUCGCCUCCACCCACAAAUCUCAUCCCAUCCUCUCAUGGAGCUUACAACCACCCACAGCACACUAUGGAACAUCACCCAAGCCACCUCGUGGCGUCCAACCCAGCCCAACACCUCGAGACUGAGCGAGCCCAGAGAUGGACAUCUGCUCUGGACGCUUUCCCUGUGCACCAUGCUCUUGAUGAACAUCUUGGCCGUAGUCGGCAACCUGGCCAUCAUGGCAGUCAUCGUGAAGACGCCACGACUACGUAAAUUUGUGUUCGUCUUCCAUCUCUGCCUGGUGGAUCUCAUCGCGGCGCUGGUGCUGAUGCCUUUGGGAAUCUUGUCAGGGCAGGGCUUUUUUAAUGAGGCUUUGUGUCAGGUUUACCUCUGUCUGAGCGUGGGACUGAUCAGCGCUGCUAUCCUCACCAUCUCCGCCAUCAACGUGGAGAGAUACUACUAUGUCGUUCAUCCCAUGCGCUAUGAAGUGAAAAUGACUGUGGGGCUGGUGGUGUCGGUCUUGAUUGGAAUAUGGAUCAAAGCCACCAUCAUGUCUGCAUUCCCUUUAUUCGGCUGGGCGCUUGAAAGAGAAGUUAAAGGUCCAGCGCUGGAGAAAGUGAUAGGAAAAAUUAUUGUACCAAAGUGCUGCUCGCUCCUCUGGGUAGAACGGGGACCCCAACACUUGGUGUUUACUGUCCUCUUCACCCUUAUGUACUUCCUGUGUCCGGUUCUUAUCAUCUUCGUUGUGUACUGUAACAUGUUUAAGGUCGCCAGAGUGGCUGCCAUGCAGCAAGGCCCAGUGCCCACCUGGAUGGAGACCCCCCGGCCCCGCUCUGAAUCUUUGAGCAGCCGCUCGAGCAUGGCAGCCAGCCUAAGCGGAGCUCGGACCACCCCUCAUAGGACUUUCAGCGGUGGCAAGGCUGCAGUUGUGCUGGUGGCUGUCGGAGGUCAGUUCCUUGGGUGUUGGCUACCUUACUUCUCCUUCCACCUGUACUGUGCCGUCAUGCCCUCGUCUCUUGAAUCUCUCGCACGCAUGGCUCAGCUAGAGGACGUGUUCACUUGGAUCGGCUACUUCUGCUUCACUUCCAAUCCUUUUUUCUACGGUUGUUUGAAUCGGCAGAUCCGGGAGGAGCUGGCCAGGAACCUGGCUUUUGUUUUCAAGUGGGGGCGUCCGGGCGAGGAGGAACAGCUGCCCAGCAGAGAGGCUUCUAUUGAGGAGAACUUUCUCCAGUUUCUUCAGGGCACCGGCUGCAAUAUGCAGCCAAGGAAUUCCCAAAGCAUAUAUCCUCAACAAGAGGAGGACAAUCCUCUCUCCACCGAACUCCACAGGACUUCUGUUGUUCACAUUCCUGGUCAGAUCAUGGAGGAGACCUCCGACUUCAUCGAACACCAACACAUAAAUGAUCUUAAUAUAUUAGACAACUGUUUCAAGACUAAAGCAGAACUGUAAGGUUGAUAUUUUCAGAUGUGAAAUAUAUAUUUAAUUGAGCGUAUAUUGUUGCUAUGUUUUGCCAUCUGAUCUUUUUGUACUCUGCCCAGGAAUUUGUACAUAGCUUGUUUAAAAUGUGUGGUUAGGUUUGUGUCAUACCCAAAGUGUAUUUUUCUCUUGAGGAGAUAAUUGACGUGCAUACAGUUGUUGGACUGAUAGUAAAUGAUCUUGUUCCAACACAUAACCAAUAGAGGGAAACUCUUUUAUAUGGGUUCAACGCUAUUUGUCCAAAAGAUGUAACACAAAUCAACAUCGUGAUGUGGAAUCUGUAUUCAAAAUGCAGUAUGAACCGCAAGUGAUUGGUGUAAUUUUUAAGGCUCUUAAUGUGAAUUCAGACAAUAAAUGAGUAUAUAUAAUUAGUUAUUGUAUCAACACAAUUUUGGAGCUCACACUAAUAUUGAAUAAAGGUUGUUUGUGUGGUGGAAAGAUUCAAAAUCUUUAGUUGUUGCUCCUAUGUGGGAGAUAUGCCGUGUUGCCGUGAAUGAUGGCUGUGCGCAAUGUCUUAUUUCAAAACGUUUUGUUUUGUUUACUCAAGAAUAAAUGUAAAAUCU